GUUGAGGUAAACAGCCUGGUCUGGAAUUGUCUUGGCAUGUUGAAGAGCAUGUGUUGCCUGCUCUUCUUUCCUGGAUUUGCCAACAUUAGAGCUUUGUAGAGGAAUCCUGCGUCUUCUCAUGCAGUCUGAGGCUUUGUGCUUGCCAAGCACUCAGGAAACCAGGUGGUGAGGGGGCUUCAGAUUGCUCCUCCCCAGUAGUGGACCUCUCCUCUCCAUACUUACUCCAGCUCGCUGGUCUGAACUUGACUUUGAGUUUCCAUCACCAUGGCCUCAGCCCUGGUCCACAACCCUCGGGAGGCAUUGCUCUGGGCCUUGAGUGACCUUGAGGAGGACAAUUUCAAGAGACUAAAGUUCCACUUACGGGAUGUGACCCUGGCUGAGGGCCAGCCCCUCCUGGCCCGAGGAGAGUUGGCGGGCCUGAGUCGGGUGGACCUGGCAUCACUACUGAUUUUAAAGUGUGGAGAACAGGAGGCUGUGAGAGUGGUGCUCAAGGGCUUGAAGGCCAUGAACUUGUUGGAACUCGUGGACCAGCUCAGCCCCAUUUGUCUGAAUGAUUACAGAGAAAUAUACCGAGAACAUGUGCGCUGCCUAGAAGAGAGGCGAGAAGGGGGAAUCAAUGGCAGCUACAACCAACUGCUCCUGGUGGCCACACCCAGCUCAGGGGACCCAGGAUUACCUCCCAGUCCAGACCUGGAGCAGGAGCUGGAUUCUGUCACAGUGGAGGCUUUAUUUGAUCCAGGGGAAAAACCCAACCCAGCCCCAUCUUUAGUGGUACUACAAGGGUCUACUGGUACUGGAAAGACAACUCUGGCGAGAAAAAUAGUGUUGGACUGGGCCACUGGUACCCUGUACCCAGGCCAGUUUGAUUAUGUUUUUUAUGUGAGCUGCAGAGAAGUGGUCCUGCUGAAGGGGUACAAACUGGAGCAGCUACUCUUCUGGUGUUGUGGGGAUAAUCAAGCCCCUAUCAGAGAGAUUCUGAAACAGCCAGAGCGACUCCUGUUCAUCCUGGAUGGCUUUGAUGAGCUACAGCGGCCCUCUGAAGGACAGUUGGGGAAGAGGGCAGGGAGUUCCAUGGAGAAAGUGCUGCGUUGUUUGAUUAGGAGACAGUUGCUCCACACCUGCUCCCUUCUCAUUACUACUCGGCCCACCGCUUUGCAGAGUCUGGAGCCCAUGCUGGGUCAACGGCGCCAUGUUCAUGUUUUAGGUUUCUCUGAGGAGGAAAGGAAGCAGUAUUUCAGCUUCUAUUUUAAGGAUGAAGAACAAGCCAGAAAUGCCUUUGAAUUUGUACAAGGAAAUGAUGUUCUCUACACGGCAUGUCAAGUUCCAGGCAUUUGCUGGAUGGUCUGCUCCUGGCUGAAGGGACAGAUGGAAAGAGGUCAGGCAAUCUCAGAGACACCCAGGAACAGCACUGACAUUUUCACUGCCUAUGUAUCCACCUUCCUGCCCACUCAUGACAGUGGGGACUGCUCUGAGCUUACCAGGCACAGGAUCCUGAGGGGUCUGUGCUCUUUGGCUGCUGAGGGUAUUGAGCACCAGAGGUUCCUAUUUAAAGAGGAUGAGCUUAGGAAACACAAUUUAGAUGGUCCCAGACUUUCUGCUUUCCUGAGCAGCAGCGAUUACCAAGAGGGACUUGACAUCAAGAAGUACUAUAGUUUCCGCCACAUAAGUUUCCAGGAAUUUUUUCAUGGGAUGUCCUACCUGAUGAAGGAGGGCCAGAGUCAACUGGGGGAAGCGUCCUGCAGAGAAGUGAAAAGACUGGUGGAGGCAAAGGAUCAGAAAAAGAAUGAAGAGAUAACCCUCUCUAUGCAGUUUUUAUUGGACAUAUUGAAAAAAGAGAACUUCCUGAACUUGGAGCUCAAGUUCUACUUGGAAGUUGCUCCCUCGAUAAUGCAGGAUCUGAUGCAUUUUAAAGAACAAAUGGAAUCUAUAAAGCACAACAGGCCUUGGGAAUUUGAAUUCUCCCUGUAUAAUACUAAAAUAAAGAAUCUUUCAGAGGCUGUUCAGUUCAGUGACAUCUCAGUCUCCCUGUCAGGUUCAAAUGAAAGGAAAUUACUUCCGGGGAAGCUGUUUUCUGUCCAAACCAGAUUGGAAAAAGGUCAGAACAAGAAGCAAAAAUGUAAUCUUGUGGGUAAAGGCAGAGGGACAGAGGAACUAGACCAAGAAGUUAGGAGCAGCAGGAUGGGAAUCAGAAAAAAGGGGGCAAUAGAGAUGAAGGGUCAGAAAGAUUGUGGGAUGGAGAGACAGGAGGAUGGGGAAGGGCAGAGUAAAAAGGACGGAGAGAUGAGAGAUCAGACUAAGGGAUACCAGAAAGAAUGAAGGACGGAAAAACAAAUAGAGAAUUAGAUUGCUGAGGGUCAGAAGGCUUGGCAUCGCAUCUGGGGAGAGGCCAUGUGGACUGAGUUCUUAGGAACAAUCACCUUUUACCAUGAAUAGCUGCAGUUCAGCUAAUUAGCACUCCUCCCUCAAGGGGCUGUUUUAGUAGCUCCUCUUACAUGUUAUGUCAAUGAUCAAGUCUUUGGUUCUGCCAUUUGACUCUUUUAACAUAAAAUAAACUACUUAAAAUAAUAACA